CUGUUAUUUCAAGAAACCAAGAAGGGCCAGGAGAAAUGGGGAAGGCUGUGCUGAUUCCUAAAGAUGAACAAGAGAAAAUGAAGGAGCUGUUUAAAAUCAAUCAGUUUAAUCUUAUGGCCAGUGAUUUGAUUGCUCUUAACAGAAGUCUGCCGGAUGUAAGAUUAGAAGGAUGCAAGACAAAAGUCUACCCUGAUGAACUUCCAAACACAAGUGUAGUCAUUGUGUUUCAUAACGAAGCUUGGAGCACUCUCCUUAGAACUGUGUACAGUGUUAUCAAUCGUUCCCCACACUACCUACUCUCUGAGGUUAUCCUGGUAGAUGACGCCAGUGAAAGAGAUUUCCUCAAAUUGACAUUAGAAAAUUAUGUAAAAAAUUUAGAAGUGCCAGUAAAAAUCAUCAGGAUGGAAGAGCGUUCUGGGUUAAUACGAGCCCGUCUUCGAGGAGCAGCUGCUUCAAAAGGGCAGGUCAUAACUUUUCUGGAUGCACACUGUGAGUGCACAUUAGGAUGGCUGGAGCCCUUGCUGGCAAGAAUAAAGGAAGACAGGAAAACAGUUGUAUGCCCGAUUAUUGAUGUGAUUAGUGAUGAUACCUUUGAAUAUAUGGCUGGGUCAGACAUGACUUAUGGGGGUUUUAACUGGAAACUGAAUUUCCGAUGGUAUCCUGUUCCCCAAAGAGAAAUGGAUAGGAGGAAAGGAGACAGAACACUACCUGUCAGGACCCCUACUAUGGCUGGUGGCCUAUUUUCUAUUGACAGAAACUACUUUGAAGAGAUAGGAACUUACGAUGCAGGAAUGGAUAUCUGGGGUGGAGAGAAUCUUGAAAUGUCUUUUAGGAUUUGGCAAUGUGGAGGCUCUUUGGAGAUUGUGACCUGUUCCCAUGUUGGUCAUGUUUUCCGAAAGGCAACUCCUUACACUUUCCCGGGUGGCACUGGUCAUGUCAUUAACAAGAACAACAGGAGACUGGCGGAAGUGUGGAUGGAUGAAUUUAAAGAUUUCUUCUAUAUCAUAUCACCAGGUGUUGUCAAAGUGGAUUAUGGCGAUGUGUCAGCCAGAAAAACACUAAGAGAAAACCUGAAGUGUAAGCCCUUUUCCUGGUACCUGGAAAACAUUUAUCCGGACUCCCAGAUCCCAAGACGUUAUUACUCACUUGGUGAAAUAAGAAAUGUUGAAACAAAUCAAUGUUUAGACAACAUGGGCCGCAAGGAAAAUGAAAAAGUGGGUAUUUUCAACUGUCAUGGCAUGGGAGGAAAUCAGGUGUUUUCUUACACUGCUGACAAAGAAAUCCGUACUGAUGACUUAUGCUUGGAUGUAUCCAGACUCAAUGGACCUGUAACAAUGUUAAAAUGCCACCAUAUGAGAGGAAAUCAGCUAUGGCAAUAUGAUGCUGAGAGACUCACCUUGAGACAUGUGAACAGUAACCAAUGUCUCGAUGAACCUUCUGAAGAAGACAAAAUGGUGCCUACCAUGCAGGACUGUAGUGGAAGCAGAUCACAACAAUGGCUGCUAAGGAACAUGACCUUGGGGGCCUGA